ACGCUCCCAGCCUGUUGCUUAUUCAUUCAGAAGUGGGAAAGCGCCAGCCCAGCGGCCAGCCAGUGCCGGGCUGGUCAUGUAAGGCCCUCAGGCGGUCCUGUCCGCUCGUGCCCUGCGGAGAGCCUCGUGCAGCGCUGGGCACCGCCCUACCCUGCCCUGACCCCUUGGCCUCAAAAUGCUGUCAUCGGAGGAGCCGUUCUGCUCUGGACAAGGCCAGGAUGGACAAAGCUAAAGCCAGGGCAAGCAAGGAGCCGUCCUGUCCUCGAGGCCGUGAGGAAAAAAGCACGCACAAGAGGCCACUUUUGAGAACGUCUCUGUCCACCAGGCCUCUGCAGAGGGGCCACAAUGGCUUUGGCCCGAGCCAGAUGGCAGCUGGAGGCCCUGGUGUGGGGCGCCUGCCUGUAUGUCCUGGUGCACGGGCAGCAGGCACAGCCAGGGCAGGGCUCAGACCCGGGACGCUGGCGGCAGCUGAUUCAGUGGGAGAACAACGGGCAGGUGUACAGCCUGCUCAACUCGGGCUCAGAGUACGUGCCGGCCGGGCCUCAGCGCGCGGAGAGUAGCUCCCGAGUGCUUCUGGCCGGAGCGCCCCAGGCCCAGCAGCGGCGCAGCCACGGGAGCCCCAGGCGCCGGCAGGCGCCGUCCCUGCCCCUGCCAGGGCGCGUGGGUUCGGAUACUGUGCGCGGCCAAGCGCGGCACCCAUUCGGCUUCGGCCAGGUACCCGACAACUGGCGCGAAGUGGCCGUCGGAGACAGCACCGGCAUGGCCCGGGCCCGCACCUCCGUCUCCCAGCAACGGCCCGGGGGCUCCGCCUCCUCGGUCUCGGCCUCGGCCUUCGCCACCACCUACCGCCAGCCGCCCUCCUACCCGCAACAGUUCCCCUAUCCGCAGGCGCCCUUCGUCAGCCAGUACGAGAACUACGACCCCGCGUCGCGGACCUACGACCAGGGUUACGUAUACUACCGCAGCGCGGGCGGCGGCAUGGGCGCGGGGGCGGCAGCCGUGGCCUCGGCAGGGGUCCUUUACCCCUUCCAGCCCCGGGCGCGCUACGAGGACUACGGCGGUGGCGAGGAGCAGCCUGAAUACCCGGCCCAGGGCUUCUAUCCGGCCCCGGAGCGGCCCUACGCGCCGCAGCCGCAGCCCCCCGACGGCCUGGACCGCCGCUACUCGCACAGCCUGUACAACGAGGGCACCACGGGCUUCGAGCAGGCCUACCCCGACCCCAGUCCCGACGCCGCGCAGACCACCGGCGGCGCUUAUGGCGGCGAUCCCCGCCUUGGCUGGUACCCUCCCUACGCCAACGUGCCGCCCGAGGCCUACGUCCCGCCGCGCGUCGUGGAGCCGCAGCCCCCCUUCCGCGUGCUGGAGCCACCUUACCUGCCUGUGCGCAGCUCUGAAGCGCCCCCGCCGGGUGGGGAGCGGAACGGCGCGCAGCAGGGCCGCCUCAGCGUGGGGAGCGUGUACCGGCCCAACCAGAACGGUCGUGGUCUCCCUGACUUGGUCCCAGACCCCAACUACGUGCAAGCAUCCACUUAUGUGCAGAGAGCCCACCUGUAUUCCCUGCGCUGUGCUGCAGAGGAGAAGUGUCUGGCCAGUACAGCCUAUGCGCCUGAAGCCACGGACUAUGACGUGCGGGUGCUGCUGCGCUUCCCCCAGCGUGUGAAGAACCAGGGCACAGCGGACUUCCUCCCCAACCGGCCACGGCACACCUGGGAGUGGCACAGCUGCCACCAACAUUACCACAGCAUGGACGAGUUCAGUCACUAUGACCUACUGGAUGCAGCCACGGGCAAGAAGGUGGCUGAGGGCCACAAGGCCAGCUUCUGCCUGGAGGACAGCACCUGUGACUUUGGCAACCUCAAGCGCUAUGCAUGCACCUCCCAUACGCAGGGCCUGAGCCCAGGGUGCUAUGAUACCUACAACGCAGACAUAGACUGCCAGUGGAUUGACAUAACAGAUGUGCAGCCUGGGAACUACAUCCUCAAGGUGCACGUGAACCCAAAGUAUAUUGUUCUGGAGUCAGACUUCACUAACAACGUGGUGAGAUGCAACAUUCACUACACAGGUCGCUAUGUUUCUACAACAAACUGCAAAAUUGUCCAAUCCUGAGCUGCAAGAGGCACAGAUUGCCUGCCAGUCUACCCCCUUCCAAAGCAGGCCUUGCUCCACUGUCAGCCUCCCACCAGGGGGCCCAGCCCCCCAACCCACAGGCAGGGGCAUCCUUCCCUGCCGGCCUCAGGGAGCGAACGUGGACCAAAACCACAGGGAUUCCGGAUGCUAGGCCCCGUUUUGUACUUCACUUUUCUGUACAACAUUGUUUUGUUGGUUGUUGGUUUUUAUUUUUUAUAUUUUGGCCAUACCACAGAGCAAGAUUGCCCAAGUCUGGGCUGAAUAAAACAAGGUUUUUCUA